AUGCCGCAGGAGUACGAGAGACGGAUGUCUGCGGACGGAAGCUUUCUCGUGAGAGCGCGUGCUUAUGACAAACCCAGAGGGUUCAAAGCAAGAGUACGCAAAUUACUCAUCGUGCUCCGUUUGUUAUCCUUGGGAAGGCAUCGUCGAAGGGCUUCUUGCAGCAUUGUGGCGCGACAAUCUGCCAGAAAGCUUGCAGAUCCACUCACAGAAGCUGAAGCCGAAUUUCUCGGCAAGGUUCUGUCCUUUGUGCCAGUGAUGGCGAGAACCUCCAAGCUUAUGAGACCUUUCCUGGACGAGGGCGAUGGCAGCCUACACGAGCUAGCAGCCAGAACUCUCCACCAGGCGAAAGUCAUGACCAUCAGAACCGUGUGGAAAGAUUUGAUGGAGCCCCUAAAGGAAGAAAUGGAAAAGUUCAAAAAUCGCAAUGUCACCUUGCAAGAUCAGUUCAGGGAGGCCAGAACCGAAUUCCUCAAAGAGAUUUCCACACUUCGGGACGAAGUGCGCAUCCGUGGGGAUCCUGAGAAAGCUCUUGGUGAUGGGCAUUUGAAGGACGUGAUGUUCUUCUUCGAACCAAUGAAGACGCUCCAGCCACACGAGCUGCAGUACUGCCUGGAAGUCAUCAAGGAAAAGAUGAAGAUGAUUUUCGAAGGGAAUUCCGACGUGACUCCGACGGUCAACUUUGGUCAAGUCGAGCGGUUGAAAGAGCUAUUGAUCAGCAGCGAAGUGACGAAGCACAAGGAAACCAUUAAUCAAAUGUCGAUGGAAAUCGUGGAGUUGGAGCGGGAGCGCCGUCAUUUGCAACGCGAGCUUGCCGUGGCAUCCAAAGGCUACAGAGAUGUGACCUUUGGAGCUGAAACAGCCAACCACGCAUCAGAGUCUGCACUGGCUGAAUUGACGGCUGAAGCCGAACAAUUGCGGCAAGAGAUGCAGUCUGUUAGCGAGGUGGCCUCCCAGCGCGAAGGAGAGCUCAAGAACGCUGCAGAACAAGCGCGGGUAUUGCUUCGUGAACGCGACAACGCCCGCAAGAAAAUGAAGAUAAGCAUAGAGGAAUCAAAAGACCUCCAGGAAAGACUGGCAAAGGCGGAUGAAGAGAUUGCGUGCUUCAGCAAAGAGCUGCAAGAAACACGACGCGAGUUGCAGCUGUUGGAAAAUCGUGACAUGAUCAUGGCAGAGCAGCUGGAGAGACAGCGAGUCUACGGAGAGACGGUGAUAAAGGAGAACGAGAUGCUUCGCAAGACAAUGGGGCGUUGGCAAGAAAGAAGAAGAAGUGCACCACCAUGCUUUGACUUGGAAAAAGUAUUCUUGGAGAAUGAGCUUGCUGACACCCCACAGCGAGCCCGUCAGUCCAGCGAAGAGGCUAUUGACAGUUCACUCGGAGACAGCGACGCCGAAACAAACCCGAUAGUUGAGGAGGUUGGUGAUCUUAUUGUCAAACUCCGUGAGAGCGAUCGCGAGCUCCAGGAUGCAAUUUCAAACCACAUCAAAAUGUCAGCCUAUGCAUGUGAUCUCGAGCUGGAAAACAAGCGUUUGAGACAAGCUUUGGAGGAACAGGCCCGAUAUGUAGUGCAGCAUGGGGCUGACCUGGAGUUGCAACAUGCUGAAUGUUUGGCCGAAAUGACGCAGCAACUGCUUCCUGGAAAGGACAGAAAGCAGAAAGAAUGUUCUAGUUCUGGCACUUCUUCGGCGCAGCACACAAAUGAUGAUCAGAACGUUGAUGCCAGCGGUGCGAUCAAUAGUGGGAUCAACCACUUGCAUGAUGAGCUGCUAUCUUUGGCAACAGCUGGAACAGAAGCUCAUACAGAUUCGGAGAAUGUCGGCCAUGCCUCAGAAGAGAGCUUAGGUGCCACUGCAGCAUCAGCAGUUGAGCGAGUGCAGGCACGUCUGAAGAAGCUGCGCAAGCUGACAAAUGUGUUACAACGAGCACCUUUGGAUGACAGACCAGAAGGUGAAGAAGGAGCACAACACAGCCCUCGGAGCUCCUUCAUAAAGACGGCAAAGGAAGCCGCUGUGGCAGCCAAGGAGCUCCAAGAAGAGCUCAACGGGAUGUGCGAAAUAACUGCACGCGUAGCAGUUGCCUUGAAGUGCGCUGUGGAAGAGUCUGCGCAGACCAGGGAAGCAGUUGCGCUCCUCAAUGAUCAGGUCCGAAUGGCAGAAGCUGCUUUGAAAUCAUCCCCCGCACUGGAAGCUGAUGAAGAUUUGCAGCGCUGCCUGCAGAAAGUAACCAAACUUGGACGCUCUGCACUGUUUGGUGAAGUCAAAGGUGUUUUUGGCCGGCUUUGGAACGACAGCUUAGACCGACAGAAGCGCAGAUUCUUGCAGAAAGAGCGCCGGGAAAAGAUUCAGUCGGCGCUGCAAUCUGCCCCCGUUUAUGUCCUGGACGAGAAUCCAGCAGAAAGAGUAGGCCGACCAUGCAGCGCCUCCCGAACUCAGCAAACGGAGGAGACUGAGGCGAUCGAAGUUUCUGCAAAGCCUUCACUGUCUUCCGCGCCUGCGCCACUUGAUCCAUCAAACGCAUCAACGUCGCCAAGUGCUGAGGAUGCACAUCGUCGGCCUUCGAAGACACUGCUUCCAUCGGACUUGUCUUUGCGACACGUAAGCCGACGAAGAGCUUCUGCUCCAGAGGUGAUCACUCGCUCAUGGUGCUUGUCUGACCGGCCUUCAAAUCAGAGUGCUACAGCUUCCAAUUUGUCACCCCCUUCCCCCACAGCUUCUUUGAUCAUUCGACAAUUUUCACCGUCUCCAUCACGCCUCUCUGAUCCACAAGUUGACCUUGCAGCGGUGCCGCAUGCGCCUUUGCAGCCAAAGGCUUUGCCGCGGUCCCCAAGGCCGCUCAAAGCAAGACCGGCAUUGGAGGAUUCUCCUGAUGAAAACGAUCCCCUGGCGCAAGCACGGAUGCGGCCACGGGCAGUUCCACCUUUGAGCCCAAGUCAGUCAACCGGACCAAACAAAAGUGCACUCGCAGCGACCAGUGGAGCACCCCAACGGGAGCGAUCAUUUUCCAAAACACGAGAAUCGCAGCAGCCAUCACACCAGUCGACUGAUGCCAAAACGGGUGACAACGGCCCCGGUAUACGGACUCCCGCAUGGCACAUGGUGCCUGAUUCCAAUGGCCAUGCCCUCGGAAUGCACUCAGAGAGAGAGAGAGAGGCAUGA